GUAAGACUGAGAACAAUGAAGAAAGGUUGUCAACAGAUCUUGUGUGGUACCCCAAUGGUUCAAUAGACUAAGUUGAAGGCCAAUAUUAGAAUAUGCAUCCUCUGUUUUACUAUGAACUACUUUUUUGUACAGUUACUAUAAGGCCAAAAUGUGUAUUAACAAAAUUGUGAAGAUUUGUCAACAACUCAUUGAAACUGCUAUGAACAAUCAUCUACUUCUGUAUUGAGCCUACAACUUACCUGUAAACAGACCGUUCAACUCCACAGCAGUGAGAAAGGAGCAAUGGUUGUAGCAUCUGACAUUACAUUACACUUUCCAAGUUUAAAACAAAACAUGGCAUUGUUGAUCUGUUGCCGUUUAGACUUAAAUACUUAGCACUGAUUCGUUUAGUGACAAGGAUAUUUUCAAAUACCACAUGGCUGAUCACACAGGGGGAAAAUUGUCUCAGUGUUCGAUGUGCAAUGAUCUAUUCCUCAUAAGUACAAAUGCAAACUUGUGCACAUCCUAUGAAAAUCUCUGUUUACUAUGUAAACAGAUAACUCUUGGAGAAUUUUCAUUUAAUCGAGAAGGACUUGCAGAAGAUAAAAAAUUUCAAUGUGCCCUCUGCAAUCAAAGAUUUGACAUUCUUUAUGAAAUGAAGAAACAUUUAACAAAACAUGUCCAGGAAAUCUCAAUCAAGUCAUCUGUACAUAGCCCCAUUUUAUCUCUGCCAGCUGCUCUCAAAGUUCAGUUUACAUUUAAUAACAAAGUUGUCACAUUGGCAACUGAUGUUUCUGGAAAGGAGACCGUGCAUGACUCAAAGCUAAAAAAACAGGAACUGACACUUACGGAUAUAAAAUUGUAUACCUGCAAUCUCUGUGAUAAAAAUUUUUCCUCCAAUUCACAUUUGAAGAGGCACAUCACCAUUCACUCCGGUGACAAGCCGUAUAAAUGUUCAGCUUGCUCCAAAGGUUUUUCGGAUAGUUCAACUCUGCAUAAGCAUUCCCGAGUGCAUAUGGAAGGAAAGUGUUUUACAUGCAAAUUUUGUGAUAAAGAGUUUGGAGAUAGGACCAGCUUAAAGCAGCAUGAAUCUUUUCACUUAGGGGGAAGACCAUACCAUUGCCCGGACUGUGGUAAAGACUUUACACACAGGUCAGCGCUGAGAACACAUCGAUUCAUCCACAGGAGUGAUAAACCUUUCAAAUGUCAACAAUGCGAUAGACAGUUCUCUCAGAAUGCACACUUAAAGGAUCACCAACUGGUCCACACAAGAGAGAAACGUUUUCAGUGCGACUUGUGUCAUAAAAUGUUUACACUGGAAUAUGCACUUAAAAGGCACCAUAAAAUUCACACUGGGGAGAAGACGUUUCAGUGCCAGAGGUGCCUGAAAUUUUUUUCUCGAAUUGAUCAUCUCAGGGAACACCUAAUUAUUCACACAGGAGAAAAGCCGUUUGAGUGUGAGGUUUGCAAGAAGACAUUUUCUCAUAACUCAAAUUUGAAAAAACAUUAUUUAGUGCAUUUCAAGAAUUGAAAAACUCAAUGUGACUUUAAUCGAUCUUGUAUCUUUACAGCAACAUUGAAAGAGACUGAGUCACCUUUUGUCAUCUGUGAGGUAGUUUGACAUGUUUUCUCUAUUUUGAUUAACAUUCCAAAAAAUUCAAAAAAUUGUUAAUAUUAAAAUAAAUAUAAAAUUGCAUUGAAGGGACCAUAAAAAUAGGUUGAGUAAAAAAAAAAGGCGGCUGUAACCUUAUUCCCAGUCAAUUGUGUAUAGGCUAUAACCUUAUUCCCAGUCAACUGUGUAUAGGCUGUAACCUUAUUCCUAUUCAACUGUUUAUAGUCUGUAAUCUUAUUCCCAGUCAACUGUGUAUAGGCUGUAUUGUAACCCUUUCCUCCACUGUGUUUAUGCCAAAAUCGUAUUCCCAGUCUUAAUUGUAUAUAUUAGGAAAGUGAAAAUGUCUUACAGAAACAUAUUUUAAUUUUUAAAUACUUAAUUUAAGGGAAGAUAGAUAAAUAGCUUAAAAAUUAUUUUUAGGAGUAAAUUAAAUUUAAACUUUUAAUUUAUCAAAAGUUAAGCUUCUGUGACUAAAAUUUAAAUUAUCAUUUGAAUAACUUUCCCGUCAUUCUUUUGGUUCAGUGAUAGGUAGCCUCUAUUAAAACAGCCCAUUUUUAAGGUUUCAUGUUUUAGUCAGGAUUGGACUACUGCACACUAGUCACUCAAACAUAUCUAACAAUAGAUUGGAUAGUUAUAAAAUUAAACUUUGUGUUUAGAUAUCCAUCUUCCAGUGUAUAAAUUGGUUGUUGUGAAUUGACGCAAAGAAAUAACCAAAUAUUUCUUUGAUUUGAUUUCAGUAAUACUGGUGUAUAGUUUUUAAAGAUACCUAGUAGAAUUUCAAAAUACAGGAGGUUCUUGGGUUACAUCCAGUGGCAUAGCAAAGGUACUCGGGUUCAAGAAUAUUUUGGUGGGCCCCCUUCCCCCAAAUAAGAAAAAAUUAGUGUGUGGCAAAAAAAUUAAGUAAUCUAAAAGUAUGAAGUACAUUUACCAGAAAACAUUCCAAUGCAAGGAUUGUACUUUUUUUUUAUAAGUAAAAAUGUCGUUACUUUUGAUUAAGUUAGGACUCCAUACCAGCCUUUAACAAAAUUAAACCAUUUACGGUACACGUUUCAAAUGAAAAUGUAAAACUAUUAAACAUUAACAAGAACUAUCAUCAUCUUGUUCUAUAUCAAUUAUUUAACAGUAAAUAGCAUAUAUAUUUAUUAACUAAAAGUGCAUUUUUCUGGCCUUCUAAGUAGCAAAGUCAGAAUCCUGCCACUGGGCGUGUAUUUCUAAACUUUUGGCUGUUUCUGUCUCAAUGGAAAGAAGAUCAAGGGAAGCUAUCUUGCUCUGUGUCAUAGAAAUUCUUACAUUUUGAUCAGUUUCGAGAAUAACCUGCUGAACUUCUCUGCAUUUUGAUUAUUUAUUUUCAAAACUAGUUAGUGAUAUGCUCACCAAUUUUGCCUUUUAACUUUCUGCAACUGUGUAGAGCAAAAAAAAAAAAAACGGGUUCACACUGUAAAAUCGAUCUACUUAAAAAGCCCUAAUUUUUACACUCCCUAAAGUCAUUCUUUGUAACUCUUCUCCAGUUGAAUUUCUGCUUUUAUUGAGAUCUUUCCGAAAUGUUUGAAAUUACAUUGUUUGCUUAAAUUUUACAAUUUUGUACCCCACUAGUUACAUCAAUCCCAAGUUAAAAUGUUUUGUGGUUAUGAUACAUGUCUCGUAUUCUAUAUUGAUUAUUUAAAGCCUUAGUUUUGUAUCUUCAGGAUUCGCUUUAAACUUCCAGAUUCACAUGCUCCGGUAUCUCCUGCACCUUCUGCAGCUUCUUCCUCCCAAUAAUCAGGUUUUCUUUGUCAUUUCUGUUUAAGUUAGUAAAUAACCACAUUGUAUAUUUUCUUCAUUUAACUUGACCUAUUUUCCAACGUAUACCAAAAAUCAGUUUACUUCCGACAUCAUAACUUGUGGACCCCCUUAAUACACAUUUCUUAUUCAUUUCCAUUUUACUAUGUCAUUUAUGUUGUUUUUUCAUAUAUAUCAAAAAAUAUAUAUGACUAAGGUUUUAACAAGAUUCUACAUCAAUAUUUUUUAAAUGUAUUAAGUCUAAACAUUCACAUCAUUGGCACUGGGACAUUUCACAUCAGCGACGACUUCUUUUUCAUUACUUCUAACAAGUUUUUUACUAUCUGAGCUGUAAGGGAAACCCAGUCUUUUUUCUUUGUGAAGUGUUUGUUUAUUAUUAGGUCUUCCUUUAGUUUUUACUUUUCCCAACAUUACAUUAUUAAAUGUAUCAGUUGUAACUUUAGAUGAGUCAGCAAUAUCACUACCAGACAGAUUGCUUUCAAUACUAUGAACUACAAAGGGUUGAGCAUGAAUAACACUUGUGACUCUUUCAACAUUCUGCUACUUAAUAUCAUUUAAAUGACAGGACACUUCCUGAGAGGUUGUGGCAAUAGGAACAAACUCUUCAUUAAUACACUCACCCUGCAUACUAAUAUUUGUUUUAGCCAAGGCCUCUGCUACAUUAGUAAUAACAAAUUCCUCAUUAGCCCUGAUAUGAUAAAUAAAUGUCUUCAACUGUUCAAGCUUUACUAAAAAAUGUUGUUCCCCCAUAUUCUGAUACAGACAGUUUAGUUCAUUAGCCAGCUCCUGUAUAAUUUUAAAUUGCAUUUUGCUGUCUUUGCACUAAUGGUGUAUGUACUCAAAUUCUUCAUCCCUAAAUUACUAAAAGAUUUCUUUUGGAAAUGGUACCCAGCAGUUCUGAAGAAAGUUUAUGUCUCAAAGAAAGAAUAUGUCUGCAAGGCAAUACAAAUUUAGUGAAGAAAAUACAAGUGCAAGAUUCCAUGCUCACCACAUAUGAAUUGGUGUCAUUAGAAUUACUAGUAUCAGAAAUAGACAAAAUGAUGAGUCUGCAUUAUAGUUAAAUCUUUUAAAUAUAGAAAUCUGAUGGCCCACUAACUCUGCUCCAAAUGGUGUUAGUAUAUUCUUGUACAAAAUAAGCAAAUGUGUGUCUGGUAGUGUUGAAUAAUGUUUGGUUAUUUUAUGGAUGUGGUGUUGUGCUGAUUUUAUUUAAGAUAGAUCUGAAUCAAACAAAAGUAGCUUAGUUACACAUACUGAGAGUGUUGUGUGGCUAUCUAGGUGCUUUUUUAUCCUUGAAUGAUAGGAUUCUACAUGAUUUGUAGUUGUGAUAUGUAGAGAUGCAACAUCUGUAUUUCUACAUGCCGCCCACUUGUCAGAAAGUGACCACCAAUUAAUUUGAAAGUAGCUUUCAACAUUGGGACAUGCUCAAUCUAUAAGAGUGUUCUUUAAAUAGAUCAAAAAAAAUUUAUUGGUUAAUUCCUUUGAGACAUUUGUGUUUAAAUACGUUUUCACUGCUGUCAUUGUGCUAAAUUAGCACAGGCGAAUUAAAGAUUGAGGGAAACAUUGCUUGAUUGCACCUAUUUUACUAAAAUCUUUAUCUACAAAAAAAAAAAAAAAUUGAAGUCAUAAUACACUUAAACAUUCAGAAAAAUUCCAACACUCUCAUUCCUUACAAAAGCAUGCAACACAGUUUACACCAUUACCAUUCGCAUCAAUACACAUAACAUUCAACAACGGAAAUAAAUACUCAUUGACUUUAUAAGUGCAAUCUAUUAUCAAUAUGGUUUUGUUGGCUUUAAGUGAACCUAUCAUUUCCUUGGUCAUGUAUGCCAAAUAUAAAAAUUCAUUAUUUGUUGUCACACCAUAUUUCACCAUGUCACCACCAACCUUUAUGUUGUUAAGAAUGUUUUCUACUCCUUUACUGUCAGUGCAGGGAUCUUUCAGUUUUCUCCUAUAAUUUUUGACGUCCUUCUCAAGAAUACAUUUAGUCUGUUUUUGCUUAGUAUAUGUAUCUUUCACAGCUUAAUGUUAAUAAUGUAAGGUACUGACCUCAAAACAGUUGAUCCUUCUUGCAGGACGUUCUCUCUGUCAAAUGUUAUGUGGUCGUUUGGUUGAAAGUUUCAACCUAUAAUACUUUGUCGUAAAAUGGCAACAAAAUACCUUUUGUUGUAAUGAUUUCACGUAUAGUGGAAGAUUUCUGGAAGAGGCUUUUCUUGUAAGGCUUUAUUUGAGGCUUUGUCAUUCAGAGAGGCUAUGAAUAAUUCAUCACAGGCCUGAAAUAAUAGGGAAAAUCUAUUAUCUUCUUAAAAGUCUUAUUAAAUUUAACAGCUGUAUACAAAAAAUAUAAAACAUUCUAAACUUAACUUCUUUGUGUACAAAAAAACAACAACUUCUGUUGCUUCAUAAAUGGAGAAAGUUAAAAUAUCUCUCGGUAUAUUUAUUUCCGUCUAGGCCUACAUAUUUAUUUUCAUUCAAAAUUACGUGCUACCUAUUGUAUCUUUUAAUAAUACAGACAUUACUUCAAAAAAGAAACAAUAUGUAUUAACACUAAUCACAGGGUUAGUAGCACUUUUUCAUGACAAGAUUUUAGGAGGGUUUUUAAGGAGAAACUUCAUGGUCGCAGAGCUUUAUUAAUGUUUAUAUUAGUAUUAAAAACCCCACGUAGCAGUACGUUAAUUCAACUUUUUAGCAAAAUGUUAUGCACAAAAAGACAGGAAAACAACAAAUAAAUUUAUUACACAUGAAUUGAUGAAUAUGAUGUAAAAAAGUCAUAAUAAAUAUUUUUAACUUUUUAAAAUGAGACAUAAAAGCUAUGACCAUCUUAUCAAAGAAAAUAUACAGUUCACCAUAAAGUUAUGUACAAACAAAACAGCAUUUAUACACAUGAAUCAUUUACUUCAUUUUUAUAAAAUAUUGGACACUAUUUAUUUUCUCCUGAAUUGUUUUCUCAACAUUUUUCAACUCCUCAGUCUUUUCUUUAGCAGUUCAUUUUAGAUGAUGCUUUUGGUGACAAAGGUGAGACCUUUCUUUUUAUCUGCUUCAAAAAGAUAUUCAUCUGCUGUCUCAUUGAGGCUUUGUAUACCACGCUCAAUUGCCAUUUUCCUUUUCUUCAGACAUGGCCUAAAUUGUGCCAAUGUGCCAAAAAACUCAAACUCCGACAAAUGACCUUUUCUUCUAGAAGUUUUCUUGAGAAUUCAGUCUCUAAUUUUUUUAUUUUUGCCUCUAGAUUUAGUUUGUAAUUCUGAUGGGCACUUGAGCAGGAUAACAUCAGUUUUUGGCAAACAACAAAAUUUUUUAUCCCACCUAUGUUGCAAAUGUGGUCACAAAUGCUUCUCCUUGCGAUAAGGCUUCUUUCAGCCAAGUUUAUUUCUGAAGUUCGUUUGUUCACAGAGAAUCCCCUUUCCACAUCUGUCUGUCCAUGAGACAGUAAUAACAGUUGUGACACUGCUUCCCAGGCCAGAUUUUUGUCUGAAUUAAUAGUAAUCCUAAACCAAAAUUCAUCCAGAUGUCCAUUCCUAUUGAAGCUGGCUAAGCUACCAUCUAUUGUCUUUUCCUCAAUAAAUUAUUAAAUGUUACAUAUUGCUCAAAAGCAGAAUCACAACUGUGAAUAUUGAAGGCUCGCAGCACAGAGAGACAGUCUUUAAAAGUUUGUGACCAAACAUGCUUGGUACUUGAGUAAGUAGCCAGAGGGAUUAAACAGGUGAUAGAUUUCCCUAGAUGUCACUAACAAGUACUGCAAUGGAGAUUUUGUUUUUAUUAGAUCUACACACAGUUUUAAUAAAAUAAAUUUGCAAGAGUCUUUAACUUCAAGUACCUGCCUUUCACUCAUAGCCUUUUUAAGUUUGAUCAAUUCUGCCUGCAAAAUCUCUAUCAACUUGGCACAUGAAGAGUCUGACACAUUGAAGCCUCCAUCUACAGCUUUCAUUCCUUUGAAAACCAGCACAAAAUAAAAUGAUUUGAAUGAAAAGAAAUGAAAAAGCUAAGCAUAAAUGAAAUAAAAAAGGUUUUAGCAUCUAAAGAUCUAUAGUCUAGUUACUAGUAAGUCUAAGUCUAGUAAAUCAUUGUAAAAUCAACAAUGUGCCUUUUAAGAACUACAAGUAACAAACAAAACAUGAUGCUUCUCUUCAUGCUUCUUGAUAUAUUCUUUGAAUGCAAUAAAAUUGUGGAAUGAUUUUCCUUCCAUGUUGUUUUUUUAAAUUAAUGAUAUACAAAGUUAACUGGGGUUAGACCGGAAGUCUACUGACUAGGAACAGGGUUAAAGCCUUUACACAGUUGACUGAGAAUAGGGUUGAACCCUAUUCCCAGCUGGUUGGAAAUAGGGACUUCGAAAAAAAAAAUUUUGCAAAUGUGAUUUUGUGGGUCCAGCUGCCAAAAUAGUAAAAAUAUAUUGUAUUUUUCAACACUUCUUACUCAGCUCCUAAUUAAGUCUUAGCUUUCAGAUUUGGAAAAAAAUAAAGCUUAGAAUAUAAUGCUUGAGGGCCCCUAUCAGUUUACAUGAGAUAUAAUAAAAAUUUUCUUUUAAUAUAAUUUCAAAACUUAGAAUACUUACAUGCAAGAAAGUUACUUUGUUCUGUUCCACUAAAAAUUUUUUUUUUUAAAUCCUUGUAAUGUAUUGAUAUGAGGAAUUUCAAAGCAAUAGAAUAAUAUUUGAUGAAGUUAUCUAUAUAUUAUUAUAUGUUAAAUGUUGGGCAGCUGAAAAAAAAAUACUACCGGUAAUAAUAUUGUUUAUAAUUUUACUUACAAAUGGCUUUUAAUGCCCUCCUGGUGUGUACUUAUCCCUUCUGUAGCUGCUGUGAUAUCUAGGAACCUUUUUUUAUUGGCUCUUAAUCUUUUUCUUCUCUUCUUUGUGCUGCUUCUGACGACUUGAUGUUGGGGUUGAAAUACUUUUGGUAUGUGUAAUAUCCAGGUUCUAUAUCGAGGUAUUCCAAACAUUUAAAGAUGUUGAUCCAUCAUUGAAAUAAGAAAUAGCACUAUACACUGCCUCUUCUUUCUCUACAUACAACUCUUGAGGACAUCUUUCCCAAAUCAAUUUAUUCAAAUUUUCAUUUCUGUUUCUGUGUAUUGCCAUUAGUGCAUUUCGCAACAGCUCAUCAUUUGCCAGAUCUUCAAAAACAGGUUCCAAAAAUGUUAUUGCUGCUUCAAAAAGACCAUUUUUAUGUUUGUAAGACUUUGGGUCAAGUUUGUAUUUGCACCGAGAGUUGUCAGUUAUCAUGUCUUGGUAUUUUUUUCAGAUGAUCCAACAUGAAUAAGGACAGCUUUGACGUUUGCUUUCAUCUCAGCCAAAUUACCACUAUUCUGACGGAUAGCAAUUCCAAAGUAAUUUUUGAGUGUGUCUAUUUUUUUGCUGGUUAAUCUGCUCAAGCCACCUCAGUCUUGUCCUGCAUUUUUACUGGAUGUGGCCUACGCAUUCCAGUUUUUCUAUAGCAUAGGCUUCUUUCCAUGUGACUUAGAAUCAAUUACUUUUUUGUAUGAGGAAGAAUCUCUGUCACCUAAAUAAUGAGUGUAUCAGAGGUUUCUGGUUUCUACAGAGCACAUAAAAAUGUUGACUGUACCAGUGACUUUCAUCGCUCCAGCACUACCUGCAUGGUUAAUUUUACAAUUGUGUUGUAAUCUCCAGGACUCAUAUUCAACUGUUCCCUUUCUUUUUUCCCAAUGUUGACAUGUCUUAAAAAUAUUGGAAAGAAUUUUGUAUCAAUACACUUUCCAUUUUCAACAAUUUUCCGUUACCACUCCAUGAUGACUAGAAUGACCCCUGCGCUGCCAGUUCCAAAAGUUAACUUCAUUAUCUUCCAAAUGUUCACAUUCUCCCUUGAUAUGAAGCACAUAGUGUCCUGUUAAAUAUUUCACAUUUUAUUAAGUCUCCGUCAAUAAAUAGAAACAAAUCUAAGAAGGUGACUGAAGUGAAAAUGUUAUUAUCGAGAAAAACACCCUUAAAGAAACAAGUCAAAUGAUUUUUACAGAAUUUUUUCAAUACCUAGGACCUAUUUUUUCAGUUAAUUCUUUUUCCUUGCUAGCUUAAGCUGCUCUCCUUAAGUGAAAUCUGUUGUUUUUUUCUUUUCUUGUAUACACGGAGUUUCAAAGCUGCUUUUUUUAGUUCCCAUUUUUUCCAAGUUGUUGACUAGGAAUAGUGAUGGAGAAAUGUAAUCAUUUUUUAAGUCAUACAAAAAUCCCUAAAAAUGAAAUUCUCUAACAGAGCUAAAAACUGUUUUUCAGUUCUUUGUCUCUGUAUUCUCAAUUACUCUGAAUUAUGAAAACUCCAUAGCAUGGAAAAUCAUCAUCUGUUUUGUGUUAAACUUGCUUUACAAUUGAUAGAACUUUAAAAAAAAAUCUAUUAAAAACACAGAACUUGGGUUUGAAAAUUUCCCAAAAGUUUUUAUGACAAUAUAAGAGCUGGCAUUUUUAAAUUCUCACAAAACUAAAAUGGUUUUGACUGUUUAUUAAAAACUCGUCAUCUGUGUGAGAUGUAUAAAAUAUGGUUAUACAACGAAACUCAAGGCAAACAACUUAAAUACAGUUUAGAAGUCUUGCUUUUGUUUAGGCAUGCCUUCGUAACUCGAUUGUAAACAAGGCGUGCUUAGCAUCUCUGACUAUAUCUCUGUGAAUCCUAAGCCUGAAUUGUUUCUUUGGGGGGGAAUUACCAGUUUUCAUUUCAAUGUCUUUGUACUCUGAAUAUACCAAUGAAGAUUCCAUAACAUGAAAAAUGAUCCACACAGGCCAUUUUUUUUUUUGGUUUUAACUUUUGUCCUGUAGUUGGAAAUUAGGAAAUCCAUUUUGUCAACCCCACCCAUGAAUUCAUUGUGAACUUGCACACAUUUGGGACUGUUGACCUGAAUAUGAGAUUUUGUACUUUCACUCCAUCUCCUAACAGUGUCUAUGUCCUCAAGUCUUAACACAUUUGGGUCUGUUCAACUGAAUAUGAGAUUUUGUACUUUCACUCCAUCUUCUAACAGUGUCUAUGUCCUCAAGUCUUAACACAUUUGGGUCUGUUCACCUGAAUAUGAGAUUUUGUACUUUCACUCCAUCUCCUAACAGUGUCUAUGUCCUCAAGCCUAACAAGGCUAGAUGCAAAAGUGACAGCGCACAUGUCCAUCCAUCACAUUAUACAAACAUCUCCCUCUGAUGAAACUUCUUUCCUUUUGCUUUUUUUUUUUUCUGAUCCUAAAAGGGCAGCUGAAAAACAUUAAAUAAAAAGUCGGAAAGACAUAGUGAAAGGGAAACACUCAGUCUUGAUACACAUGAUACAAUAAAAGUAUCUACAAAAACUUUUUUUUUUCUCUCACCAUCCUUCAAUUCAUUUGUUCUCUUGCAGUGUUUAUAGACUGAGGCUCUUGAUGACAAAUAUCAUAUAAUCCUUUGUCUCAUCUGUCUCUAUUCAUAUGCUGUCUGAUUAAAGCCAUCAAUAUCCCAUUGCCAAUUUCCUCUUUUUUUUUAAAAGUUUUUAUUUCUUUAUUUAUUUUUCAUGAUGAUUUGGAUUCAAUUUUUUUUCCUUUAAGAAAUAGUUUGUAAGGGGCAGCAUUUGUUCAAUUUUAAACUCUUGCAGCCACAAUUUUUUUUUAUUUCUUGUUGUCAAAAUGUAAUGAGAAUGAUUGAAACAUUUAUUGUAGAUUAAAUACUAUUAACUUAUUAGAGUGAAGCAUUAAUACUAUUACUUUAUUUUAGUAACACGACUUUGUAACAAGUCUCCAUUCUUUUCCCUAUGUUGCUAGUCACAUGCAUCUCUCACACUUUUAAAUCAGAAAAUUGAUUCCUCAUCAGUGCAUGAACAAACAAGGCUGGUCAUGUGCAUAGCGCAAAUACAUUUUUAAAGAGGACUAUUCUCUCAUCAGCAUAUUUCAAAAUGUUUUGUUUGUCCAACAAAUGAAAUAAUUAAAAUGAUAAACGAAACUUAAGUCCCUUGGCUAUGUAUUGUAUAUCUUGUUAUAAAUGGGGUUCAGUUUUUCUGUGAACAUUAUUUUAUGAGUGAUAUGUCAGCAACAUUCUGUCCACCCAGGCAUUUGUUGGGGAAACAGGACAUUUUGAUUCUACUGCGUUUAAUGUUAAUCGGCCAAAUAUUUAAAAUUACAAGGACAUUAACUCAGGAAACUAAAAAGAAUAUAUAUAUAUAAAAAAUGGCCAUGAAGAUGACAAAAUAGCAGUUUCUGGAUUUUCUCACUGGCAUCCUCAGGAUGUGAGGGCCAUAAGACUGCAUGUUGCAACUGGUCUGUCAGUUGACCCACUUGGUGGGACAAACUGGCCAGUUGUUGAUAUAACAAGGAGAUGUUCGUGGGGGCAUCUUCAGGAUGUGAGGGCCUUAAGACUGCAUGUUGCAAUUCACAUUAGUUGACUCACUUGGUGGGAUCUACUCAGAAGAUGGUUGGGGGGGGGGGGGAAAUCCUCAGGAAUAAACUUGCCAUACAAUUGACAGAACUUUUGAAAAAAAAAAUGUCUAUUAAAAAACUCGGGACUUGGGCAUGUGUAGUAGUAGAUACUGGGCACAGAGCCAUAGUAGUUUAAACUAGGGUACCUUUAUAAAGAAGAGGUUGUAACGAGACAAUACAAUAGGUCAAGUUAGCACACAUCUCUUCUCGAUGUCAUUCGAAGACCUCUGGUAUCGAAGCAGUAAAUCACAAACUAAUUUCAGACAUUCAGUUCAAAUGACUUAUCAAAAAACGUUUUUAACUUUGUCUUGAUUUAAUCUCUUUUCAUGAUCUUCAUCGUCUUCUUAGCUGGAAAGAGGCAAGAUAACUGCAUAAUUUCAACCACUGGUGGAAGUCUCAAUGUUAUUAUUAAAUUAUUACACACUUAUCAAUCAUGCCACAAAUGCCAGUCAGAUAUUUAUAAGCUGCAAGAGUUGUACUAGAAUAAUGCAAAUUUAUUUCUAACAUGUUUUAAUUAAAGUUGUCACCAGCAAAUGAUUGUCACUCAAGUAUAGCUACAAUAUAUGUAGUGCCAAUGUUUUCCGUGCCACUUCUUACUGGUCCAUUAUUUGUUUAUUUAUUGUAGUCAUUAUGUAUAAAGGAAUGGUAUGCAUAUUACUUAUUAAUUACACUCAUAUUUUAUAUAGUUUCUGGCUUGUUUAUCAACAAAGAUAAACUUAAAAAGAAGUUGAACAUUAUUCAUUCCUGAAAUAUUAUUUAAAAAAAAAAACUGUUAGUAUAAAAAAACAUUCAAUGUGUGUAAACAUUUCAUACUGUGUGGCAGAAUAUUUUAUUCAUUUUUUAACAGGGUGAAAAGUUAUAAAAAAAAAAAAAAAAGACAUUCCAACUAAAGAUGCAAAGGUUAUUAACUCUUUCUCUCCUAACCGACGAUACAAACGUUGAUUCCAUCAGAAUGUGGUAAAUAAUUACGGAGAGAAAGAGUUAACCAAUAGUAAUGUUUGACUUGUAUAAUAUGUUAUUAUUUCCCCUGCUGGGGCCAGAUACAAGGUUCAGCUUGUGCUCUUUCAACAUAAUUCAAUCAAACCAGAAUACUAGAACCAAUGUCUCAGUUUGGGCUCUAAACAUUGACAUUUGAAAUUGAUAAAUCAAAGUUGUUCACAUUAUCUCCCAGAGUAGUUUCACUCUCAUUCAUUCCAGAAUUUUGUUUGAAAUGUUUUUUAAUGACAAUUAGAAUGUACACUUUUUGUAAACAGCAAACAUUUCACGUAUUGACCUAGUUUGUACAAAUGUUUAAUUUUAAGAUGUUUGAUAUUUGCCAUUGCAAUCUAUCAGUUUGAUUGGAAGUUGCUUGGAUUCAAAUAAAUCAAUUUUGAUUGUAAUUUUUUUUCAAAUGGUAUUUUUUCUUUUUUUACUUUUUGUUUUUGUUAACAAAAAUAAAAUAUUAUUUUUCUCUUUUUUAAA